UCUUACCGAGUUGGUGUACAACUCAUCGUUGUACAAAACUGUCUACGCUCAGUCGCUAUUGAUCGUUUCAUGCUGUAAGAAGUGUUUACAAAUAAUAUCCGUACACGUUUGUUGGUGAAAAUUAGAUACGGUGUUGGCUACUCGAGGCAUCUAAUUUUGAAUAAUUUCAAGAUAAAUUAUAAUAACGAAGCGAUGGAAAGCAGAAAGGAUUUAGUUAGCAUUAAAGAGGAGCCUCGUGACAAUUGGGAAGAUGUUGCCAACGAGAGUGUCGAUCCGGGGGUCUCGGUCAAAACCGAAAACUCUGAUGAAUCAUCGGCAAAUCCCACCAAUGACUGUAUUUCGUCGCAGCAGAAGAAAGAUGAGGAUAUUCUGAUAGAUUGCGAGAGCGUAUUGGUAAAACAGGAACAUAAGCCCUCAUUGACGACCAUCUGCCAACCUACUGUAAAGGAAGAAGAUCCGACAAAUGACUCGAAUGGAAAAAGGCUUACAAUUUUAAAUAAAAAAGGAUCCGAUUGCGAUAAUAACAGUCAAUUUACGGUGGGAGAAGAAUCGAGUUCAACAAGACAAAUAGAAACGACGAAUAAGGACGAUGGAUCACAUGAAUUAGAAAUUUGCAAAACCGAAAACUCUGAUGAAUCAUCGACGAAUGAAUCAUCGGCAAAUCCCACCAAUGACUGUAUUUCGUCGCAGCAGAAGGAAGAUGAGGAUAUUCUGAUAGAUUGCGAGAGCGUAUUGGUAAAACAGGAACAUAAGCCCUCAUUGACGACCAUCUGCCAACCUACUGUAAAGGAAGAAAAUCCAGCAAAUGACUCGAAUGGAAAGAAGCUUACAAUUUUAAUUAAAAAAGACUUCAAUUACGAUAGUAAUCGUAAAUUUACCAGAGAAGAAGCAACUUCAGCCCGACAAAAGAAAACGACACGCAAGGGCAGUAGACCACUUGAAUGUGAAAUUUGUCACAAAUCGUUUAGAUACCCAUCUAUUCUUAAAGGGCACGUGAAUCAAGUACAUGAUAAAAACAAACCCUUCCAGUGUAACAUUUGUCACAAAUCAUUUUCAUGCAAGCGUAAUCUAAAUAGACAUACAAGCACAGUACACGAUCGUAGCAAACCUUUUGAGUGUGAGAUUUGUCACAAAUCAUUUGGACAAAAAGAUCACCUCACUACACAUGUAAAUACAGUACAUAAUCGGAGCAAACUCUUUGAGUGUGAGAUUUGUCAUAAAUCAUUUGCAGAAAAAGGUAACCUGAAUAAACACAUGAAUUCAGUACAUAAUCGGAGCAAACCCUUUCAGUGUAACAUUUGUCACAAAUCAUUUUCAAACAAGGGUGAUCUAAAUAAACAUACAAGGACAGUACACGAUCGUAGCAAACCUUUUGAGUGUGAGAUUUGUCACAAAUCAUUUGGACAAAAAAAUACCCUCACUACACAUGCCGUAAAAAACAGGAAGGAAGAAUCAGUAUAUUUCGCGGUCCGCAGUGGUUACACGGACGAGCCAGAGGUAGACGAGGACGGCAAGCCUCAGUUGCGUUGUACUACUGCAGUGCACUGGGCAGCUCGAAAAGACUGCAACUCCAUCAUUCCUAAACUUUUUAAAAUAUACAACAGAUUCGACGUGAAUUACACCGUCGAAUCUGGAUACACACAUUUCCACGUGGCCAGCAAGUACGGCCUCGACGAUGUAAUUAAGAAAUUCCUCGAGCUCGGACAGGAUCCCAAUUGCAUCGUACCAGAAACAGGUGACUCGUCACUACACUUGGUUCUAAAUCAGGACUUUCGGGUCAAGAAGCUGAUGGAGUUGCUGCUGAGACACGGUGCCGACCCGAAUUCGGCCAAUAAGGAGGGAUUGACACCUUUGCACAUAAUUAGCGACAAUUCUCGAUUGAUAAAGACAUUUUUCGAAAUCACCGAUGCGAAUCAUCUAACGAUAGAGAUCGACGCAAAAGACAAGUUGGGUCGGACACCCCUUCAAUUGGCCGUAGUGAGGCUCUUUCCCGAUAUUGUCGACGUAAUCUUGGAUCGUGGCGCUGAUCUAUCGAGCUUCGUUUUCCCAAAAGAGAAUUAUUUCGGCCUGCGAUAUGAAAAUGUUAGUUGGCCAUAUUUGAUUUUUAUGCUGGUGUUUCCCGCUCUGACCAUCGUCGAACUUCUCGAGAAAAGAGGAUACGAACUGAAACGAAGGGACGCCUUGACGAUCAUAAAAUUUUUCGACAAGAACGAAAUUUUCAAAAAGCUAGUGCAUCAUGUUGAAGGUUUGCGCGAGAAGGAAAAAUUCAUGGAAUUGGCCAAAAAAUAUAGGUUCAAUUCAAACCUGUUGUUGCACGAGUUGAUUUAG